GCCUUGCGGAUAAACCCAACGCAAACUACCGGACCAAAGCAACUCAACCUGGGUGCUUCGCUGUCCGAGAGCAAAACCUUGCGGGUGCUGGCCUUGCGGAUAAACGCAACACAAACUACUGGCCCAAGGCAGCUCCGCCUGGGUGCUUCGCUGUCCGAGAGCAAAACCUUGCGGGUGCUGGCCUUGCGGAUAAACGCCACGCAACCUACCAACCCAAAGCAGCUCCGCCUGGGUGCUUCGCUGUCCGAGAGCAAAACCUUGCGGGUGCUGGCCUUGCGGAUAAACGCCACGCAACCUACCAACCCAAAGCAGCUCCGCCUGGAUGCUUCGCUGUCCGAGAGCAAAACCUUGCGGGUGCUGGCCUUGCGGAUAAACGCAACGCAACCUACCGGCCCAAGGCAGCUCCGCCUGGGUGCUUCGCUGUCCGAGAGCAAAACCUUGCGGGUGCUGGCCUUGCGGAUAAACACGACCCAGACU